AUGCCGACAAUUUUUGAAACCUUGGUGCGUAGAAAAACUGCAACUAUGGCCCUUCAGCUACUUGUCUGUUUCUGCCUGCUCUUCUCAGUCACCCUGGGCACAACAACACCAAAAAUACUUGACCCAGAUCUCGUCUUCAGGGAAGACUUUGAAUCCGGCAACCUUGACCAGUGGGACAUACAAGCCUGCCCCAAUGGCGUCACAAUAGUCACAGAUGUAGCUCGAAACGGCACUCACAGCGCCAAGUUCACCGUAUCUGAUGACGACAAGCACGACAAAUGCUCUCAAGUGCCCACCGAUUCACCCCGGGCACAACUCGUUUCCAACCAGUGA